CGUCUCUGCUAAUAUCACGCUUUACAUGAUAGUUAGAGCAGUUUUAGUUGAAAUGAGGAAAUGAGAGCAUUGGGCAAGCUAAGCAAAGAAAAUGUGUGAAAUUGUGCUCACCAGCUCCCUUAAUGGCCGCAUCACUGCCUACGAGGCCAUCUCAGGCACCACCGUGGCUCGCUUCACCGGUAGCCAGUCGCCUCGCCACGGGCUUGCUAUUGUAGGAAAGGCCAACUACAUUGCAGCCUCUCACAUCUCGUCAUCGGCAACACCUUCGGGCUCAAUUCAUCUCUAUAACUGGUGGUCACCCACAGUUCUGCACCAAAUUCCUGUCCCUGAACCUGUGGUACCUCUUGCUGCUACUCCUGAUGGACUUUUCGUAUUCGCCGGAGGAAUUUCUGGACAUGUUUAUGCUCUCUCUAUACCGUCAGGAAAUGUCAUCAAUGCAGUUCCUGCUCAUAAUAAUAAACCUGUGUCUUGCAUCAAAAUCAGCGGUCAUCAGUCGUCGCUUCUCAUUUCAGGAGGAGACGAUGGCUGCAUUGCUGUUAUGCCCAUACUUGGAAUUGUAGCCGAUGAUAAUCAAUGUGAUUUCAUACUUAUUCGAUUUCUGGCACAUGAUGGUCCGGUGACGAGCAUUACCUGUUUUACGAGGAUAAGCUGUCCGACUAUAAUGACUAGUUCAACAGACUCCACCUGCAAAGUAUGGAGCCUACUGGAUGGAAGAAAGCUGCAGACAAUAGCGUUCCCGUGUGCGAUUUCCGGGGUUGCAUUAGACCCGGCAGAGGUCGAAUUCUACGCUGCAGGGUCCAACGGUUGGAUAUACAAGGGAAUUCUGCAAGUUGGAAGCAGAAAAGAGACGAUUCAAUCGGUGGCGUGGGCGGGAAAACACGAGGGAGGAGGUAUGGUAUCGGUGGUGAUGGCGAAUGGCGGAAAGAAUUUGGUAUGUGGUGCAGAAGAUGGGAGUGUUUAUAUGUGGGAAAGAGAGAAAGGGGAGGUGAUGAUGGUUCUGGGGAAACAUGAUAUUUUAAGUGAUGUAAUUGUGGGAAGAGGGAUGGGUGAUGGUACCAAGUUGAUUGGAAGAGGCAAUACAUAUAUGGGGUUAUCAGCCAAACAAGUAGACAGUAUGCAGACAGAGGAUGUUUUGAGUGUCACAGCUCAGGAUAGGACAAGAGCCAUCCAUGGACUUCAAUCAGCGAUUGGAGUGUAUCAAAGGCUUUUGAACCUCAUCCUCAAAUCAAACAAACACAUCUAAUUCUGCAUCAUCUGUAGACUGUUAUUGUAUUAUCAUUUUCAACUCCAACUCGGUAAAAAUCAAGCUUAGCUCGAUUAGUAUUUAAUUGACUCGACUCGGUUACAUCCUAAGUUGGCCGACAUAUGCAUACUUCACUCAAUAGCACAGUUUAAUGUC